AUGUCAGUUGAAGACCAGUUCAACUUUGCCAAAGUCCAAUGGCCAAAGUGCGACAAUUUAACAGAACUUGACCAGAAGAUCUACGAGCUUGCUCAGAAGUAUGCUCCAGAUGCUAUUGAGCUUCUUCGCGAGAUCGUUCGCAUUCCAGCCGAUCACUACGAUCAGGAUCCAUUCUGCGGCACAUCCAACCACGAAGGCCCACGUCUUGAAUACCUCAAGAAGCGUAUUUUCGAGCUCGGCGCCGUUACAAAGGCUGAAGAUGUCAAGAUCGACCCAUUCGGCUCCAUCGUUUGGACAGUUACAGACGACAGUGACGAGAUCCCACUUGACCAGCGCAAGUGCAUCUACAUGGAUGGCCAUACUGACACAGUUUACCCACUUCGUGAAGAAUGGCACAAGCGCCUCGGUGAGGGCAUCGACUGCUACAAUGGCUUAACAGAUAAGGAUAAGGUCUCCGAGGAAGCCCUCAAGGCCGAACUCCGCCACAUCCCACCAAAGGAAAUGUGGGAUCGCCUCCUCUUCGGCCGUGGCACAGCCGAUCAGCUCCAAGGUGUUGUCUCCCAGGUCUUUGCUACAAAGAUCCUCCUCGAGACAAAGCACCUCGGCUCUCUCAAGGGCUCCGUCAUCAUCUCCGUCGGCACAGUCGCUGAAGAAGACAACGAUGGUGGCGCUCCAAUGCACAUCAUCCGCAAGCAGGACCUUGCUCCACACCAGGUCCCAGAUUGCGUCAUCCUUACAGAAGGCACAGGCGAUCUUGCUCCAGGCAAGGGCCCAUGCGGCAUCUACAUCGGCCAGCGUGGUCGUUGCCAGGUCCAGGUCGAAGUUGUUGGCCAGUCCUGCCACGGCUCCAUGCCAACACAAGGCAUCAACCCACUCGAGUGGGGCUCCAAGAUCAUUGCCGAAGCUGAAGAGCAAGAGCGCAAUGGCUUCCUUCCACAUCCAUUCCUUGGCAAGGGCACACGUACAACAUCAUGGUGCCAGCUCGAUACACCAUCUGACUGCGCUGUCCCAGCUCGCUUCGUCUUCCGCUUCGACCGCCGCAUGACAGCUGGUGAGAACUCAGAGGGCGCCAUCAAGGAAAUCGAAUCCCUUAAGGCCGUCGCUGAAGCUCGCAAGGCUGGCUGCAAGGUCAACAUCUCCAUCCCAUUCUACGACCACGAGUCAUGGACAGGCGUCAAGGCUGACAACCCACAGGACUACAUGGGUUGGGUUACACCAAUGACAGACCCAGUCGUCCAGUCCGCUUAUGAGGCUUACAAGAGAUGCGUCACACCACACAUCCCAGACAACGAACCACUCGACAACGACCACUUACGCAAGGAACCACGUGUUGAGCGUUGGAUCUUCUCUACAGAUGGUGUCGGCUAUCCAAUCAAGAAGAAGGAUGCCAGAUUCUCACUCGACAACAAGAACUGGAUCGAGGUCGGAGAAUACGUCCAUCCACCAAUGUUCGGCAUCGGCGCUGGCUACGAACACCACUGCCACAAGCUCGGUGAGUACCUCCACAAGGACCACAUCUGGGCUCCAAUCGCUGUUAUGGCCCGCUUCCCAUCCCUCUUCGUCAAGGCUCGUGCUGCCCAGGCUAAGUAA